AUGUCGACGAUCAAGUCCAUCAGCCCAAACUCAAAGGUCACAGGACCAGUACACCACAUCUAUCCCAAAACAUCUCCACCGAAACGCUAUUAUUUCGGUGCCCCCACUCCGGAGAUGACGCCCGAAUCCUCAGAGGCUGGCGAUUCCGUCAAGCUAGCGGAGGUAAAAGCCCCUCCACCUCUGGAUCUUCCUUUGCGUUUGUCCUUAACACGGUCACAGGAGUCGAAUCACGGUUCAGCUAUCACAUCGACUUCUCCCCACACCGGGGCGUCUACGUCUUCCGAGGAGUCGGCCUUAGUCCAACAGCUACACAACCGUAUUCCUAAAGGACCAGCUCCAGAUGUUCGAAGGAAAAAGCACAUCUUCGGUUCUGGCCGCGCUCUUCCUUACUCCAUACGGGAAGAGGACGAGCGCGACGCAGCUUCGUCAUCUCACUCUAUCAGGUCCAUUCUCAAAAAUGCACAUCAGAAGAGUGCAGCGUCCAGCUCGACCCUCUUUGCAUCUGAACACGUUUCGCGGCCAAACGUAAUGACGAGAGCCUCAAGAGACAGGUCGUUCAAGAAGCGCCAGUCAUUCCGGAAGCGUGUCCGCCGCAUCUUCGGAGGCGGAAAGGGUGGUAUCAAAGGCGGGGAUAGGAUGCGUCAUUAA